CACCUCCUAAUACUCUCUCUCUCUGUCUCUCUCAUAAAUUAUGGCUGAUUACAAGCAGCCGCUUCUUCUUCCGGCGACGAAGGACCAAUAUGACCAUGCCGACCAGGACCAGCUGCUUAUUCCAAGUAACGGCGCAGGUGACAUUCCCCCGAUCAGAAACAUCCGUGACUUCUCCAGAGAGUUCCUCGCCGAAUCCGCCAAGCUCUGGUUCCUGGCGGGCCCCGCCAUCUUUACCUCUAUCUGUCAGUACUCCCUGGGCGCAGUCACGCAAGUCUUCGCCGGCCACGUCGGCACCCUCGAGCUCGCCGCCGUCUCCGUCGAAAACUCUGUCAUCGCCGGAUUCUCCUUAGGCACCAUGCUGGGCAUGGGAAGCGCCUUGGAGACACUAUGCGGGCAAGCCUACGGAGCAGGACAGCUGGACAUGCUAGGAGUCUACCUGCAACGCUCGUGGGUCAUCCUCCUUGCCACGUCAUCACUCCUCAGCCUGAUGUACAUCUUCGCCGCCCCGUUCCUCUUCCUGAUCGGCCAGACCGCGUCCAUCUCACGUGCCGCCGGCUUCUUUUCCAUCUGGAUGCUCCCACAGCUCUUCGCCUACGCAAUAAACUUCCCGAUGGCCAAGUUCUUGCAGGCGCAGAGCAAGAUGGCGGUUAUGGCCGGGAUCGCGGCGGCGGCACUGGUAUUUCAUGCCGCCUUCAGCUGGCUGCUGAUGCUGAAGCUGGGGUGGGGGCUCGCCGGUGCGGCGGUGGUGCUGAACGCGUCGUGGUGGUUCAUCAACGCGUCGCAGUUCGUGUACAUUGUCGGCGGGAUGUGCGGGAGGGCUUGGAGCGGGUUCACGUGGCAGGCGUUCCACAAUCUGUGGGGCUUUGUUAGAUUGUCGCUUGCGUCGGCGGUUAUGGUUUGCUUGGAGAUCUGGUACUUCAUGGUAUUGAUACUGUUUGCUGGCUAUCUCAAGGAUGCUGAAGUUGCUGUAGCUGCGUUGUCCAUCUGCAUGAACAUUUUGGGAUGGACCAUCAUGGCGGCUUUUGGAAUGAAUGCAGCAAUCAGUGUUAGAAUUUCCAACGAACUUGGAGCGGGUCAUCCAAGAACGGCGAAAUUCGCACUCAUCGUUUCAGUGAUAUCGGCUUUUAUGGUCGGGGUCGCCCUUGCACUCGUUCUCAUCUUCACCAAAGAUUAUUACCCAUCUCUCUUCUCCAAUAAUUUGGCAGUAAAGCAGGUCGUCACGGAUAUGACUUCUUUGCUAGCUUUGUGCAUUGUCAUUAACAACGUCCAACCCGUCCUCUCCGGUGUGGCAAUUGGGGCUGGAUGGCAAGCAGCUGUGGCCUAUGUGAACAUAGGGUGCUACUAUUUGUUUGGGAUUCCGUUGGGCUUGAUUCUGGGCUAUAAAUUUCAUAUGGGCAUAACAGGGAUCUGGUUAGGCAUGAUGGCAGGAACGGUGGUGCAAACACUUGUUCUUUACUGGAUCAUCUACCAAACUAAUUGGAAUAAGGAGGCUUCUAUUGCCGGAGAUCGGAUAAAGAAAUGGGGAGGAGACGACUGUCCCAAAGAGAUCGAUCACUAAUCAACGAUGCGGAUUUUUGCGCAAACCAAAUGUUCAAUAACGUAUUAGGCUUCAAUUUUGGUCCUUAUUUGGAGAUCUAUAUGCUUGAUCUUUAGAGUGUGUUUGAUUUUCUUCUUCUCUUUUUAAAUUGAAAAACCUCAUCCGCCUCAUGUCAAUUCUUUUCAUGAAUUGAUACCAGGUAGUAUUAGAAAAACAUAUACAAUUAAUGGAAUGUGUAACUCAGUCAUUUUAUUUGGAAUGAUAUUUGUCCUUCACUAUGAAAUUGUUGGUUGUCCUUCACAUAAAUAAUUUUAUUAAUG